AUGGGAACUGUCUAUAUCGCUGAAUACGAAAAUAGUCGAGUCAUGCGUUGGGUCAAAGGCUCCAAAUCUGGCAGUGUCAUCGUCAAUGAACGGGGUACAGGUAAUGGAACAGCUCAAUUAUGGUAUCCUCAUGAUUUAGCAUUUGAUCAACAUGGAAACUUGUAUGUAGCUGAUACUGCUAAUCAACGCAUUCAAAUAUUCGUUAUCGACAAACGUUCUUGUGCAACAGGUCAGUUUUGA